AAAACAAAGUAAAACUCAUAAAUCAAAGGCACAGUAUCCUCUCAAACUCCUGUUCAUCAACACUAUGCUUGGUUUGGUGUCCUUGAGACAUCCCAAGUACUAAGGAUUCUAUUAGAUCUAGAGAACUCCUUUGCUAGCUUAUCAGGAGACCACAUUUCAGUUUUUAUAUUGCCUUCACUUCCAACUCUUGCUUCUCAACCUCUCUCUUUUCAUGUUGAGAUGAUGAACAGAUCCACAACUUCCAAUGAUCCCUUCCCUUCUCCUUUCUUUCCUUUUGCUGGGCUUCCAUCAAACAACACUACCACUUGGGAUCCUAAUCCCAAUCCCAAUCCCAAUCUUAGCAUGCCAAGCUUCAAUUACAGCUAUCCUUCUUCAUUCAUACCAAACACUCCACCAUAUUUGGACUCUCAAGCAGGUCUCCUACCAAUCAACAGCUUUCCCAUUGCCAGUGAUCAGAUGUACACUGUGAAAGCAGAAGAGGUUGGGCUUAACUUGGGUCACAGGACUUAUUUCUCAUCUGGUGAUGCUGCUGCCAUUGAUAGGUUGUUUGCAAGGUCUAGAGGUGUGUAUUCUCUUGCUCAUCAGCCUCCUCGUUGCCAAGCUGAAGGUUGCAAAGCUGACCUCUCUGGUGCUAAGCACUACCACAGAAGGCAUAAGGUUUGUGAGUUCCAUUCCAAGGCCACUGUUGUUAUUGCCAGUGGUUUGCAGCAAAGGUUUUGCCAACAAUGCAGCAGAUGUUCAUUGUUUAGGUUCCAUGUGCUGUCAGAAUUUGAUGAGGCCAAGAGGAGCUGUAGAAAGCGCCUGGCAGACCAUAACAGGAGAAGAAGGAAACCUCAGUCUCAGUCCACCAACUCCUCUGAAAACAACAACAGUAAUACAACCACUACCACCACCACCACCACCACUACUACCACCAGCACAGAAACAAUUAGCAAGACAACAAAUGGACCAGGCUUAUCUUUAGGAGCAGGAGGAGUUGGAGGGAUGAUGAAUCAAAACCAAUGUUCAACUUUUGUGUCUCAACAGCAAACUUCAUCAUCCAACACACACAUGUAUCACAACAGCAGUCUCUUCUGGCCCAGCUCCAAUGAAGCAUCUCAAUCAAAUGGUGGGGAUUCUGAGCAGCAACAGCAACAGAAACAGCAACAGCAACAGCAACAGCAGCAGAGUAACAACCUACUUCAUCUAGGACAGGCCAUGUUUGAGUUGGACUUUCUAUGAGGGGGGAUGAAAAGAGGAAAAGUUAUUGCUUGCUUUCCUAUGUUUUUCUUUCUUUAUUUUCCCUUUCAAUGGGAAUAAUGGUUUUCUUUUUCAGUAUUUUUGUGCCUGACUUUUAGGCCUUCUCAUGCUCCUCUUUUCUCAUAUAGGCUGCAUGAUCUUCCCUUCUUUUUUUCGUUUUGCUUGUUUUUGUGAAAUUAUGUGAUUUGUUGAAUUUCAGUUUCAAAUUUCUCGAGUCAGAGGUAUCAGUCAAAAAUAUUGGGCAGCAUAUAUCAUAAGACGUCUUGGCACAAGAAAUUAAUG